GGGGUCUAUAGUUAGCCGCGCGGGACUUUGUUUAUCAGCUGGAGUCCGGGCACAGUGCAGCGCGGGCCCUAACCAUCGGCACUCCUUCCUGCUUCGGCCUCCCCAACGUCCAGGCCCGCCCCUGGCCGCGCCCACGCCCCGCCUGGGCCGCGUCCUGGAGCAGGGACCCCUCACACCAUAGAAGAAGGGAUCCAGGUCCCCGUCCCCCAAUCCAUCAAAGCCAAGGCUCCACCACCGCUGGCCCCACCCUCACCCGGAUCUCAUCCUCCUAAGCCUGCCCCAGUGAUGAUGCUGGAGGCUCUGCUUAUCGUUCUCGGCUGCUUCAGGCUCCACACCCUCAGGCAGGCCCAGGCUAUUCCCAUUCUGCCCCUGAGCCUGGCUCCAGACACCUUCGAUGAUGCCUAUGUGGGCUGUUCAGGAGAGAUGGAGGAGAAGGCAGCCCCUCUGCUAAAGGAGGAGAUGGCCCGCCAUGUCCUGCUGCGGGAGUCCUGGGAGGCAGCCCAGGAGGCCUGGGAGCACAGGCAUAGAGGGCUCACCCUGCCCCCUGGCUUCCAAGCCCAUCACGGAAUCGCCAUCAUGGUCUACACCAACUCAUCUAACACUGUGUACUGGGAGCUGAACCAGGCUGUGCGGUCUGGCGGUGGCUCCCGGGAGUUCUACAUGAGGCACUUCCCUUUCAAGGCCCUGCAUUUCUACCUGACCCGGGCCCUGCAGCUGCUGCAGGGAGGCUGCAGCAGGGGACCUGGGGAGGUGGUGUUCCGAGGUGUGGGCACCCUUCACUUUGAACCCAAGAGGCUGGGGGAUUCUGUCCGCUUGGGCCAGUUCGCCUCCAGCUCCCUGGAUGAGGCAGUGGCCCGCAGAUUCGGUAAUGCCACCUUCUUCUCCCUAAGGACUUGCUUUGGGGCCCCUAUCCAGGCCCUGUCUGUGUUUCCUGAGGAGCGUGAGGUGCUGAUCCCUCCCCAUGAAGUCUUCUUGGUCACCAAGUUCUCCCAGGAUGGAGCCCAGAACCUAGUGACUCUCUGGAGCUAUAACCAGACAUGCAGCCACUUUAACUGCGCCUAUCUGGGUGGGGAGAAGAGGCAGGGCUGCAUAUCUGUACCAAGAGGGCAGCUAGAUUCAUUCUCCACAGGUGCCUUCUCUCUGCAUUCCUGGAAGAUCCCGCUCUUGGCCCCUGGUGGGUUCCACCUCUCAAGGGCUGAGCCCUGAAAGUCCAAUGCCUGCCACUUAGGACUCUUGGGAACUGGUGACACAUAGGAAGAAAGGGGGCUUCAAACAGCCUUGAGGAGCAAGAAUGUGGUUUCAAACCCAGCCCUAGAAGCCAUCUCCCCAGCCAGGGUAUGGGGGGAUCUGAGGCAUGGCAGGGUGGAGGGACCCCUGCUGUGUGAUGGGGACUCUCUGGGACAAGCAAGGGCAGUACUGUGAUGGCCACUUGAUUAAACAGGGUUGCAGUGUGGUGA